AAAAAAUAACGAUACAGGAGAAAUGUGACUAAGAAUAAUCUGUAUUUGAAAAAAAUUAUGUUUGGUCUAUGUUUAUGGGAUAUAUUUUAGUAAUUGUUUACACUAUUAUUUAUUUAGUUCAGGCACUAGUUUUGGGUAAUCGUUCGUGGAGGUCUUUUAACAAGGUUUUUAUUUACCUGGAAACAAGUCUGAUGUUUACAGAAAUUGAAGUAUGCCUGCAGAACGCAAGAAGUUGGUAAACAUGGAUGAGAAAGAGGCGAGUUCUGUCAGCAGCAAAGACAAAGAGAGUGGAGAUAGGCGACCUGCCUCCACUAGGGAGAAGGGAAAGGAUGAUUGCAAACUCGGCAGCAAGAAGGACAAUCUGAAGGCUGCAGAGGAAAAGAAGAGGAGACUGGAGGAAGAGAAGCGUAAGAAGGAAGAAAAGGAAUGGAAGAAGAAAGAAGAGGAGAAGCUGAAAGCUGAAGAGGACCAGAAACAGAAAGAGGAGGAAGAGAAAAGAAUGCAGGAGGAGGAGGAAAAGAGGCUGCAGGAGGAAGAAGAAAGAAGACAGCAUGAAGAAGCAGCAGCACAAGUAAAAGAAAAAGAAGAAGCACAUCAGUUACAUCAGGAGGCGUGGGAGCGCCACCAAUCCCGGAAAGAGCUUCGCAGCAAGAACCAGAAUGCCCAGGAUGGCCGUCCUGAGGAAACAUUUUUCAGCAGGCUUGAUUCUAGCCUCAAGAAGAACACUGCCUUUGUCAAGAAGCUGAAAACUAUGACAGAGCAGCAGAGAGACUCUCUCUCCAGUGAUUUCAGUAGCCUCAACCUUAGCAAGUAUAUUGCAGAGGCUGUUGGCUCCGUUGUGGAGGCAAAGUUAAAAAUAUCUGAUGUUAACUGUGCUGUUCAUCUGUGUUCUCUCUUCCACCAGCGCUAUGCUGAAUUUGCAUCUUUGCUUCUCCAAUCCUGGAAAAAGCACUUUGAAGCAAGAAAAGAGGAGAAAACUCCCAAUGUAAGCAAGCUGAGAACCGACCUCCGCUUCAUCGCUGAGUUGACGAUUGUCGGGAUUUUUACUGAUAAAGAGGGUUUGUCCCUCAUCUAUGAGCAGCUGAAAAACAUCAUCAACACAGACCGUGAGACACACAUGCAUGUUUCAGUGGUGAUCAGUUUUUGCAAGCACUGUGGGGAUGACAUUGCUGGGCUUGUGCCCAGGAAGGUGAAACUGGCUGCUGAGAAGUUUAGCUUGAGUUUCCCUCUGAGUGAGAUCAUCAAUUCUGAGAAGCAGCAACCCUUCCAGAACCUGCUAAGGGAGUACUUCACUUCCCUGACCAAACACCUGAAGAAAGACCACAGAGAGUUGCAGAACACAGAGAGACAAAACAGGCGUAUUCUGCAUUCCAAGGGGGAGCUGAGUGAAGACAGACACAAGCAAUUUGAAGAGUUUGCUACAUCUUAUCAAAAGCUGCUUGCUAACACUCAGUCUUUGUCAGACCUUCUGGAUGAAAACAUGCCAGAACUUCCACAAGAUAAAACUGUACAAGAAGAGCAUGGUCCUGGCAUUGACAUCUUUACUCCUGGCAAGCCUGGAGAGUAUGACCUGGAAGGAGGAAUCUGGGAGGAUGAAGACGCACGCAACUUCUAUGAAAAUAUGGUCGAUCUGAAAGCCUUUGUACCUGCAAUAUUGUUUAAAGAUAACGAGAAGAGUUCUCAGAACAAAGACAACAAGGAAGAAGCAAAAGAAGUUAAAGAUGGGAAGGAUAACAAAGAUGCGCCAAGUACAGAAGAGCUGGAGAUGGAGCUGGAGACCCUGGAUAUUAAUGACGAUACUCUGGAGAUGGAAGCAGUAGAUGAGGCAGAGGUGGAUGACCUUACAAAAAAAUUACUUGAUGAACAAGAACAAGAAGAUGAAGAAGCAAGCACAGGCUCCCACCUGAAGCUGAUAGUGGAUGCCUUUCUUCAACAAUUACCAAACUGUGUCAACAGAGACUUGAUAGACAAGGCUGCAAUGGAUUUCUGUAUGAAUAUGAACACCAAAUCUAACAGAAGAAAGCUUGUCCGAGCCCUUUUCACAGUUCCCAGGCAGCGGCUGGAUUUACUUCCGUUUUAUGCUCGCCUUGUUGCUACAUUGCAUCCUUGCAUGUCUGAUGUUGCAGAGGACCUUUGCUCUAUGCUAAAAGGAGACUUCAGAUUUCAUGUACGGAAGAAGGACCAGAUCAAUAUUGAAACAAAAAACAAGACUGUAAGAUUUAUAGGAGAGCUGACAAAGUUCAAGAUGUUUUCUAAAUCUGACACUCUUCACUGUUUAAAGAUGCUACUAUCUGACUUCUCUCAUCACCACAUUGAAAUGGCCUGUACACUUCUGGAGACAUCUGGCCGAUUUCUCUUCAGGACACCAGAAUCCCACUUGAGGACCAGUGUCCUUUUGGAACAAAUGAUGCGGAAGAAACAAGCCAUGCACUUAGAUGCCCGCUAUGUCACCAUGGUAGAGAAUGCAUAUUAUUAUUGUAACCCACCACCAGUUGAAAAAACUGUGAGGAAAAAGCGACCACCACUUCAAGAGUAUAUUCGCAAACUCCUUUACAAGGACCUGUCCAAAGUCACCACAGAAAAGGUGCUACGACAGAUGAGAAAAUUGCCCUGGCAGGAACCAGAGGCAAAAAAUUAUUUAAUCUGUUGUAUGGUUAACAUCUGGAAUUUAAAGUACAACAGUAUCCACUGUGUAGCGAACCUGCUAGCAGGGCUGGUGGCAUAUCAGGAGGAUGUGGGCAUCCAUGUGGUGGAUGGGGUGCUUGAGGACAUCAGACUGGGAAUGGAGGUUAACCAGCCCAAGUUCAAUCAAAGACGAAUCAGCAGUGCUAAAUUUUUGGGGGAAUUGUACAACUAUAGAAUGGUAGAAUCAGCAGUGAUCUUCCGGACGUUGUAUUCCUUUAUUUCAUUUGGUGUAAGUCCUGAUGGAACUGCCAGUCCACUAGAUCCUCCAGAGCAUCUGUUCCGAAUCCGUUUGGUUUGUACUGUUCUGGAUACAUGUGGACAAUACUUUGACAGAGGAUCAAGCAAAAGAAAACUUGACUGUUUUCUUAUCUACUUCCAGCGUUAUAUCUGGUGGAAGAAGAGUUUAGAUAUCUGGACCGAAGGCCAUCCAUUCCCUAUUGAUAUUGAUUACAUGCUCAGUGAUACCUUAGAGCUGCUGCGACCAAAGAUGAAACUGUGUUGCUCUCUGGAAGAGGCUGUUCGGCAAGUGACUGUCUUGGAGCGUGAGUUCCUGGUUAAACUAGGGCUAGCUAAUGACAAAGACUCAAAAGAUUCGAGCGGUAUUAGAGAAGGAGAAGCCAUGGAAGAGGAAGAUGAAGAUGAUGAUGAGGAAGGUGGUGAGACUGAGGAGCAGUCUGGAAAUGAGAGUGAAAUGAAUGAGCCUGAAGAAGAGGAGGGAUCGGAGAACGAGGAGGAAGAGGGUGAGAGAGAGGAGGAAGAGGAGGAGAACACUGACUACCUGACUGAUUCUAAUAAAGAAAACGAAACUGAUGAAGAAAACAAUGAGGUAACGAUAAAGGGUGGAGGUCUCAAACAUGUUGCCUGUGCAGAGGAUGAAGACUUCAUCCAGGCCUUGGAUAAGAUGAUGCUGGAGAACCUUCAGCAACGCAGUGGCGAGUCAGUAAAAGUACACCAGCUGGAUGUAGCCAUUCCUCUGCAGCUGAAGAGCCAGCUAAAGAAAGGACCCCCACCUACAGGAGGGGGGGAAGGAGACACUGAGAUUGUAGACACCAUGCAGUUUGUGAUGUUAACGAGGAAGGGCAACAAGCAGCAGUUUAAGAUCCUAAAUGUUCCGUUGUCAUCCCAUCUUGCUGCCAACCACUUCAGUCAGCAGCAAGUGGAGCAGGAGGAGAGGAUGCGCAUGAAGAAACUCACCCUGGACAUUAAUGAACGGCAAGAGCAGGAGGAUUAUCAGGAGAUGUUGCAAUCCCUAGCACAGCGCCCAGCCCCUGCUAACACAAACCGGGAAAGGAGGCCCCGUUACCAACAUCCCAAAGGAGCGCCGAACGCCGAUCUCAUCUUCAAGACUGGAGGAAGGAGACGCUGAUAGAAGCAGCGAGUGUUGGUUCAGUUUACCCACUCUGUCUCUAAUACUGUGGGUAAUGACGUCCUCAAUCACUUGAAUGAGAACAGCAGACACAUCUCACCAUGGCUGGAGAGUGAUCAGAACGGGGGGCUCCCUUUCGUCCAAGCUAGGGGUCAUUCCUGCCAGACCAACAGCAGAAUAAAGUGGCAUCCUAAACAAUUACACUUAUCGCGAGAAUGAGCACAUUUGUCAGAUAGCCCAAUUAUACCCGAGUAGCUGGACUGGAGGUAGAAGAGUAAAGGCGCGCAGAGGGAUCAUUUCUCGUGUCCAAGACGUUUCGAGUUAAACACACUGGUCUUUUGUUUUCAGAAAUCUUUACAAAUUAACAUUAUUCUGAUACUAAUGCUCCUGUAAGAGAAAAAACUGAGAAAAAUACAUUCACCAGAGAGGGAAAGUAUACGUAUACAUGUAGGUAAGGGCUAACCAGCAGCUAAUGAACUGUGCAAGUGAGUUAACAAUGGUCUGUCAGCAGGUAUGUUGAUCAAAGGGAAAGCAGAAGCUAGGAAGCAUUACCACGUUUUUUUUUUCCUCUGCUGCUUAUGGCUAUAUCAAAUUAGAAUGAUAGGUAUAUUGCAAGUGAAAGAAGGCUUCAAGUUGUUUGUGUUUAGAAUUUGACUGACUUAUUUGUGUGUACACUUUUAAAAUAAGUGUGCUACACCCUGGGACAGAACUGUGAUGUACACUUAAGUUACAAACUUUACAAACUGUGUAAAAAUUUGGUCUCAAGGGAGAGAACCAUCAUGGUCCAUCAACCAGCUAGUUGUAAAAAUAAUAAAUAAAUAAAAAUUGUUUGUAAUUAGAUUAAAUGGGUUCAAUAAAUCAUCUACAGCUUUUUUCCCCUAGUUCCAUUGAAAUAAGUACAACUGCCAUGCAAGCAUUGAGAAUACAACUCCAACUUUGUAAAUUCUGUUGAAAAAAUACAUAUUUUCAUUUCAUUUCAUGUUAAAGUCUUUGCUUGUAGAAGUGUUGUUAUUGUUUGUUUAAUUCAAGAGCUGCAUGGCUUUACUCAUCAGCUGUAAACAUUUGUGACCUGCCAAUAUUGUAGUAAACUGUUAUGACAGAAAUAGUCUUGUGUCAUUCUUUUCGCUAAAGGAACUGCACUAAACUAAAAUUAGUGUUCAUUAACAUAAUUGUGAAUGUAACAGAGUAGCAGUAUGACCCUAUCUGAUUAUAAAGACAAAGGCACGCUUCAUAAAUAAUUGUAUGCAGCUGUUUUGCCCUGUAAGGUAUUUUUUAUACCUGUGUCUGCUUAAAAAUAAUGUUGAACAAAUAUGACACGCCAGUAAAAG